UGAGCCAAGAAGUGAGUGGGGGUCUGAAUGAAUGACAGCAUGUAAACCACCAGGCUAUCUGUAUCGUGUUGGAGUAACGUUAACGUUACUGUUUCCGUUUUAUAAACAUUGCUAUUGUGGGAUGUUUUGUCGCUGAACCGUUUGCUGUCGCAGGUGCUCAAAUACCGAGACAGUUUGGUCCGUUAUAGUUUGAAGCUAGCUUCUUAGCUUGUAGCACUUGUUAGCCGUAUUUGGUCAGUUGCUGAGAUUGCUAAGCUAACAUCAGGUUAGCUUUGCUGCAUAGCAACCUGCAGUUACAGGUUUCCUGACAUGUCCAUCUGAUGUGUCUGUGUAAACGUUGCUGGUUAUUACAUGCGCACACUUUUCCUCCACUCCCGACUCCAAACAAGAUGAAGAUGAAGAUGGAGGCAGAAACAUCUAGGGCUUUCCACCAGUGGACCUUUCAGACCAGUGACUGUCAGCCAUGUUGUCCAGGUUGAGGACGACCUGGUCCUUGAGGCCAUGCGUCUCUGUUUGCAGAUGGGCACACACCAAAGAGAAGGGCAAACCUCUGAUGCUCAACCCUCGCACCAACAAAGGCAUGGCCUUCACUCUGCAGGAGCGACAGAUUUUAGGGUUACAUGGUCUGUUGCCUCCUAAAGUGGAGACUCAGGACAUUCAGGCCAUGCGCUUUCAGAAUAAUCUCAAGAAGAUGACCGAUCCCCUGGAGAAGUACAUCUACCUGAUGGGCAUCCAGGAAAGGAAUGAGAAGCUUUUUUACAGGUUGUUGAUGGACGACAUCGAGGAGCUGAUGCCCAUUGUUUAUACUCCCACUGUAGGCCUGGCCUGCACACAGUAUGGACACAUCUUUAGAAGACCUAAGGGCUUGUUCAUCUCCAUUCUGGACAGAGGACACAUCCGCUCCAUCCUGGAUAACUGGCCAGAAACUAAUGUUGCAGCCGUAGUAGUGACUGACGGAGAGCGUAUUUUAGGCUUAGGAGACCUGGGUGUUUAUGGAAUGGGCAUCCCUGUCGGAAAGCUAUGCCUGUACACUGCCUGCGCCGGUAUUAGACCUGAGAAAUGUCUGCCUGUGGCGAUAGAUGUCGGCACAAACAAUGAGACUCUCCUCAAGGAUCCGAUGUACAUGGGCCUGUACCAGAAGCGAGAUCGCUCUCAAGCCUACGAUGAUCUGAUUGAUGAGUUCAUGGAAGCUGUGGUGGACAAAUACGGGCAGGACACGCUGAUCCAGUUUGAGGACUUUGGAAAUCACAACGCCUUCCGCUUCCUCAGGAAGUACAGGGAGAAGUAUUGCACCUUCAACGAUGAUAUCCAAGGCACUGCAUCUGUGGCCCUCGCUGGUCUGUUAGCAGCUCAGAGAACCAUUGGCAAACCCAUCACUGAACACCGGGUGCUUUUCCUGGGAGCUGGAGAGGCUGCCCUCGGUAUUGCCAAUCUGAUUGUCAUGGCGAUGAUGGAGAGUGGGAUGACCCAAGCUGAUGCCAGAGAAAAGAUCUGGAUGUACGAUAAAUUUGGCUUACUUGUAAAGGACAGACCGCAGGAAACAGACGGUAACCAGGAGGCAUUUGUUCAUGACAGUCCGGGGAAUGUACAGAGCUUCCUAGAUGCAGUCAACACCAUCAAACCCACAGCUAUCAUUGGUGUGUCAGGAGCUGGACGUCUGUUCACCCACGAUGUCAUCAAGGCCAUGGGAACCCUAAACGAACGACCAAUCAUCUUUGCCCUUAGUAACCCGACCACUAAAGCAGAGUGUACAGCAGAGGACGCCUACACACUCACCGAUGGUAGAUGUCUUUUUGCCAGUGGCAGUCCAUUCGGUCCUGUGACUCUGAAAGAUGGACGCGUCAUCAUUCCUGGACAGGGGAACAACGCUUACAUCUUCCCAGGCGUGGCCUUGGCUGUGAUCCUGAGUGGAGUGAGACACAUCAGUGACACAGUGUUCUUAGAGGCUGCUAAGACACUUGCAGAGCAGCUGACAGAUAAAGAGCUGGAAGACGGCAGACUCUAUCCUCCUCUCUCCAACAUCAGAGAGGUCUCCGUCCAGAUGGCUGUCAAGGUGGUGGAGUAUGUCUAUGCUAAAGGCAUGGCGUUUCGCUACCCUGAGCCUGUGGACAAGGAGGGCUUUGUACGCGCUACUGUGUGGGACACCAGCUACGACUCCUUCAUGCCAGAUACCUACGACUGGCCAGGUGUCAGCUUCAGCCCCAAGACUAAAUAGAAGUAGACCACACCCUCUCAGUGCUCUUUGUUUUCCACUUAACUCACAGAUCACAGGUAUUUUGAGACGAUCAUAAUUAUGUUAGUGCAAACAUUAGCUUAUGAAAACAGGCAGCAGAGGUCUCUUACUGCUGCUACAUACGUUUGCACAAACCCAGUCAUAUUAGAUCUGUGAGAAGGCAGAUUGGAAAGUGGCAUUUGAAUGAAAACGGCCAUUUUCACAGUUCUUUAUCACCUCUGCAUCACAUGUAAACCAGCGCAGCACCUGGAGGGCCACCUGGUGGUGGGAAAAGGCAGUGUGGAAAUCUGGUUUCAUUGUUGAAACCUUGAGAUAUAUUUUAAUUAUUAUCUAUUAUAUUAUAUCAUAUCUAUCAUUAUCUAUCAUCAAGUUUGCAUCAGUAAAUUUAAGCACUCUAUAAAUUAGACUAUGGUGAAUAGUAAACCCAACGCUGAACACUGUGCCUCUGCUCGAGGUUGAGACUGGUUUUUACAAGAUACUGUACUAGAAUGACUCCAUGAUGUCAACCUUUUGUUAGGAAAUGCAGCAUACUAUUAUCUUUUUGCAACCUGUUUUAAAAGGUAGUCACUCCUCAUUUAUUGUAACAGUUGUUUGUUGUGUACACUCCUGAUGCAGAGGUUAGUCUUUAGUUAGCACUUAAUACUAUUCUGACUGUAUGUAGCUACAUAGAGAUUACAGAACAUAACGCACAUUCAUUAACAUGAAGUACGGACAUUGCCUUUUCUCACAUCAGGUGGGCCUCUGGUGGCUUCACUGAUCUAACCAAUGCCUGGUGUAAGACAUAAGGUUUAAGAACCUUUUUAAACUAUGCUUAAAUCAGGCCACAUUAUCAGAGUCCUAGUAGAGCAGAGGGUUAAAGCACUUCCUUUGUGAGCAAACUAAGAGACAAAGAGAGGACAGGAUGUUACUCGGGAGAAAUGGAGAGAAUAUAUAAAGAGAGACCUCAGACAACGGUGUGAUUUUAUGAAGGGAAAGUUAUAUCUAAAAACACAAGAAGUGAACGUCCACUCCAACAUUGUAUUUGUUCACAUGCUUUUGUCACAUUGUAUUUAUUUCUUUGAAUUUAUUUAAUUUUAUUAGGGUGUAUUAAGAUGUUUUGCCCUUUGGCUUUGUGAGAAAACCUGUUACCAACACUCCUUUAAUGAGUUGUGGUAAAAUUAAUCCAUCCCUAAAAAUGAACCCUUUUGCUUAACUGUGAUUAAAAAAAAAAAAGCUGAAUAUGAAAUGUAACCUAAAUAUUUAAGAAAACUAUGCGCAGUAUCAAAUGAUUAUUUUCUAUUUGGAUUAUAUUUUGUGUACUGUACAUAGGCUUUUGUGGAAACUGAGACUGUCUAUGGAAAGAGUGUUUAUAAAGUUGUGUUAAGUACAUCCACGUGUGUUUCGGCAGGUUGGUGUGUGGGUUUUACUCCUGGGAACAGACUUCCAGGCUACGCUCUUACAGUUCUGGUCUGAUAUGAUCAUUAACAAUAAUUUAUAACACAGACACAGUCACGUUGGCUCAGAUUAACACAAGCUAGAGAGAUGGCAACUCUGCCUUUGGCAAGUUUAUAUGUACUGCAUCUUUCAACAGAGAUAUUCAAAAUGCUGUACGUAAGACAUUAAAAGCAUAAAGAAAAACAAGCCAGUAUAAAAAAACACAUCAGAAAGAUUAGCAGAGUAAAAUAAAGUAGAAGAUACAAAAGAGACAGAUUAUAGUGCAGUGCAAAAUUUGAAUAAAUACUACUUCCGUGCUUCCCAACCUUUUUCCUUAAGGGGCCCUUUUCUAUCACUAAGUAAACUGGCAACCCCUGACUAAGUGAGAUAUUGAACUAAUAAAUAACCCAAAUAUUGAUGCAAUAACUGCAGGAAGUUAAUGUAAAACCAGCAAUUUGGAUGAAUUUUAAGAUUAUUUCCUGUGAAUAUUGCAUCAGAUGAGUUUCCCAGAAUUUUUUAACAAUCAUAACAUACCCUAAAACUUCAAUUAAAAGUCUAGUCCCAAUUAAACACCCAGUCCCUUUGACAAAUGUAAGCCUGUCUCAAAUAGAGCCCUGGUCUGGUUGCCAAGCAGUUCAUUUUUUUAAUAGAAGUUCUUCAGAUGUAUAAAAGCAGGUUGUUGGCGACCUCAAAUUAUGUGUUCAUUUCUCGAUUACCCUGUAAGUUUAGUCCAUAAGGGUCCCCAGAUCAAAAGAAUCAAAAGGGUUUUUCAUAGAAAUUAACAGAAUUACAGGCCUGUUCCAAAAAAGACAUCUGUCCCAAAUAUAGGCCUGUUGAUUUCAGUGAUUUAAGCAAACAAUAGCCCGGGCUAUUAAUUGAAGUUUUAAUGGUACUUAUCAGGCUUCUUUUUUGACAAAUUCUGUGUUUUCUUCUCGCUGGCGCUUUGCCAUGUUCUAUUAGCUUUUUGGUUGUUUCAGCUGUGUAGUUUUCUAAUACAAGACGAGGCUGUUUAGCAGAGAGUGAAGGCUCUGUGAAUAUAGCUUGUGUUCAGGUCUUCAUCGUGCUCUUAUCCUUUAUAUCUUGAAGAAUGAUCUUGACUUCAAAAAUAAUAAUUUUAUUUAGUUUUACUCACAGAUAUGAAUACUGAGAUAUAGGCCAACUGUAUUAAUUUUUAAAUAUUCUUACACCCCUUAAAAUCUUAAAAUCAAGAAAGCUUCACAUGACGCCCUGUGAAGCUUUUGGUGACCUCUCGUAUGGGUUGGGCCCCUAGGUUGGGAACCAGUGUAGUAUCUGAUGCUGAAGGGUAAUGGUGCCUACAAGAUUAUUAUUGGCAAUAUAUAUUUGUUAUAAAGAAACUGAGCAAUGCCAGGGCAUUUAUUUGUGGCAGGUUGUUUACAUUAACAGGAGGAUGCAGUAUCUUAUUAACUAUAAUUCCAGUUAUACUUUCUGAACACUUUCCAUCUGUAUGUCAGUUUGAAGCUUAUCUUGGUCUCUGUUAGAUCUUUAUAUUUUGCUCUGUGCUCUGACAAACUGCUGUGGUCUAUUGUAGUGACUUAUCCAAGGAUCUUCAAUGAUAUAGUGUAAAAUGUGAGACUUAGACCAUACACACUGGACACGCACACACACACACACACACACACACACACACACACACACACCCUUGCAGCUAAAAUGUGUUAAAGUCUGAAAACUGUACAAGUUACAUUAAAACUUCCAGUCAGCCUAUUUUAUUCAUAGUAUUGCCUUAGUCACAUGUCAAGGGCAUUGACAGUAUCAUGCAUUAGUUCUCAAGUAUGUUUAAAUAUAGGCCACUGUAAAUUUUAGUCUCAGGAUAUUGUAUUAGGACCUUCUAACCGCUUACAUUGAAGUGCCUGCACAAUGUUAAGUGUCUGUCCACAAUCAUGUCAUGUUCCAUGAUGCAGACCUCUCAACAUGCUGCAGGCAGAGCUGAGAAACAACAGCACUACCAAAAUUAUACACUGUUUUGGGGUGCCCACAAGCUCACCUGGUAGAGUAGGCACCCCCUUGCCGCAGCGGCCAUGGGCUCGAUUCCAACCCACAGCCCUUUGCUGCAUGUCAUCCCCCUUCCAUGCUGUAGCUGUCCUAUCAAAUAAAGGCAAAAAAAUAAUUGUGUUGAAUUCAAUGUGCAGCUUCGUCUCUGAUAGACUGUGCAGCUUCAGGUUGUGAACAAUCAAAGUUUUCUACUUAUACAUAAUGAAAGUUUUAUUUAAAAGGACCUAUUUAAAUCAAUCUCACCUCAGUAAGUGCUGGCUUGUGUGUCUGUCUGGUUGUUGUUACUGACUGUAAUUGUCCUGUGUGAGUUUUUACUGUGUUGUGUCAGAAAGUGGUGACUGGCUUGCUCAUGUGAUUCUUUUCAUACCCAUGAGGAAAAUUAAGUCUGUGUGUCAGUGAAGUGUACAUCCACAUAGUGCUGUGUCCUUCCAGUCUGUGUUCCUGAGGUAUAUUUUUGUUACACAAUAUAUUGCCUUAGCGUUUGUGCGCAGAGAGAAUACCUAUGUGCAGAAUAAAAACAGUUUUACACUGGC